AUGGAUCAAGAGAAAGUUGACACCGAUUAUGACGUUAUUGUUUUAGGAACAGGGAUCACGGAGUGCAUUCUAUCUGGGCUGCUUUCCGUGGACGGUAAGAAAGUUUUGCAUAUUGAUAAGCAGGACCAUUAUGGUGGGGAGUCCGCGUCUGUCACUUUAUCCCAGCUGUACUCCAAGUUCAAGCAGAACCCACCAUCGAAGGAGGACAGGGAGGGAAAGUUUGGCAAGGACAGGGACUGGAAUGUCGAUUUGAUCCCCAAGUUUCUGAUGGCAAACGGUGAAUUGACCAACAUCCUAGUGCACACGGAUGUCACCAGGUACGUGGACUUCAAGCAAGUUUCAGGGUCGUACGUGUUCAAGCAGGGGAAAAUUUACAAAGUUCCUGCUAAUGAGGUGGAGGCAAUCUCUUCACCACUGAUGGGCAUCUUCGAGAAGAGAAGGAUGAAGAAAUUCUUGGAGUGGAUCAGCUCGUACAAAGAGGACGAUGUCCCCUCACACCAGGGGUUGGAUCUCGACCAGAACACAAUGGACGAGGUCUACUACAAGUUUGGGCUCGGUAACUCAACAAAGGAGUUUAUCGGCCAUUCAAUGGCGCUUUGGACGAACGACGACUAUCUGCAACAACCAGCAAGGCCAAGUUACGAGAGAAUUCUACUGUACUGUCAGAGUGUUGCCCGCUACGGGAAAUCGCCAUACCUGUACCCGCUAUACGGUCUGGGGGAGUUACCUCAGGGGUUUGCCCGGCUGUCCGCCAUAUACGGUGGUACCUAUAUGCUAGACACCCCUAUUGAUGAGGUGGUUUACGCAGAUGAUGGAAAAUUCGAGGCAGUAAAGACAAAACUAGGUACGUUUAAAGCACCAGUGGUAAUUGCGGACCCAACUUAUUUCCCGCAGAAAUGCAAAUCAACGGGACAGAGAGUCAUUAGAGCUAUCUGUAUCUUAAACCACCCUGUUCCAGGCACAAGCAGUGCCGACUCGCUACAGAUCAUUAUCCCGCAGAGUCAAGUAGAGAGGAAAAACGAUAUCUACAUUGCAAUUGUCUCCGAUGCACACAACGUGUGUUCCAAGGGCCACUAUUUGGCCAUUAUAUCCACAAUCAUCGAAACAGAUAAGCCACACGUAGAGUUGGAGCCAGCUUUCAAAAUUCUGGGGCCAAUCGAGGAGAAGUUUAUGGGCAUCGCGGAACUGUUCGAACCGAAGGAGGACGGGUUCAAGGAUAACGUCUACCUUUCCAGAUCCUACGAUGCCUCGUCUCACUUCGAGACCAUGACUGACGAUGUCAAAGAUAUAUACUUCAGAGUAACUGGCCACCCACUAGUUUUAAAACAGAGAAAGGAUCCUGAACAGGAGUGA